ACUAAUUUUUCCUGCUCUUACAAAGCAUAAAUUUCACAAAUAAUUUUCGCAGGCAUCUAGUGAUGUGUAAUUUAAUAAAAUAUGCAUGUGUUGCAGAAGGAAACGCUAAAAUAGUCAAUAAAUCUACUGAAUACGAGUAAUGUUCAUACUAUAGAUGUGAUGAAACCUCUUAGACAUCAAUUUUUGCCUCAUUUAUUGGAUAUUUGAGAUUUCAGGCGAGACAUGGAACGCAAGAGACCCGAUGGCUCGACGAUUGUGUCGUAUGGUCUUGCGUAUACAAGAGGAGCUUGCAGUGGACAUGGUGUCAUCGUCGCCAUAGACCUAGGGACGAAAUACACGGGGGCAUUGAGCAUUGCUCACGAAGUAGGCCAUUUCUUAGGUUCUCCUCAUGACGGUGCAGAAACGACAACGGAGUGUCCAGCUGAUGGCGGUACCAUAAUGAACAAACGAGCCACUGACGUAAAACGACCACGGUAUUCAGAUUGCAGCAAACAAGCCAUCAAAGCCUACCUUACGAACCAUGCUACGUGCUUGUUUGAACAAAGUGAUCUCACGGAAAAUGAGACAGUCACAGAGGUUGUGACCACUACAGAGGUUCCAGCCACUGCAGGCGAUACAUGGCAGGAAAGAAGAAAUAGGAGAAAGUGCCAAGUGUUUCUAUCAAACGAUCAAUACCUUUUGAAAGCUGAGCAAAUGGUCCAUGAAAACCCUACCUGUAAAAUCCUCUGCACUGUUGGCUCAGAGACGUCAGAUGAACUGACCGUUUACGCCGUGGUCGCGCCAGAUAGGACACCGUGCGACAAGCCUGAAACUUCCAAGAUCUGCAAAAGAGGGUUAUGCAUAUAAAAAAUAAAUCCUGUAUUAAAAACAGAUUCUCUGUAGCACACCUGGUAAUAAUUAAACGUCGUAUAAAACAUG